ACAGUGACAGUGGCAGGAGGACGUGCUGCCCACCCAGCACCUCUGGGUGGCUCAGACCUGCUCCAUGGAGGCCCCGGGUGGAGAGGCAGGUGCUGCUCGCCCUGGUCCCAGCCAAACCUCGGGCAGGCCUCCGGGAAGAGUCUGAAGGAUGAGUGAGCUGUGAUGGGCAAAGGAAGGAGCCCACAGCUCCCUGACGUGACCGCGCCGCCGGCCAGCCGUCAUUUGGAUGUCCAGGGCCCUGCCCUCCCGUGCGGCCAUGUCCGAUGGGGAGAGCAAGGAAAGCUCGGGCGGCGAGUGCCCCGUGUGCUACGAGAAGUUCCGCGAAAUGGAGGGCGCCAGCCGGACGCUGAGCUGUGGCCACGUGUUCUGCCAUGACUGCCUGGUCAAGUACCUCCUCUCCACGCGCGUGGACGGGCAGGUCCAGAGGACUGUCGUCUGCCCCUUCUGCCGCUACGUCACCUUCCUCGGCAAGAAGAGCUCCUGCUGGCCCUCCAAGCUGGACAAGAGCUCUCAGAUCCUGGCCGUGCCCAUGGGCCUGCCGCCCGUGCCACCGCCGGACACCCUAGGCCACGCCGACUCCCUGGCCCUCUCCCAGCCUUUCUGGAGGCCGUCCCCGAAUCAGGGCGUCCAGCUGACCUUGGACCCGCCGCCCGGCCUGCUCCAGGAGCCGCAGAUCUUCAGCUGCCACGGGAUGCCCCUGGGGAAGCAGGACAGCAUCCUGCCCGGGCGCAGCCAGGCCGAGCUCUUGGAGGCCUCCCCGGUGCCCAGCUCCACCCGGUCGUUCUGCAGCCGCUCCCAGGCCCUACUGCUCAUCAUCCUCAUUGCCGUGGUGGCCGCCAUCCUGCCCUGGGUGCUGCUGGUGAGGAAGCACGCGUGAGUGGGGCACCGGCCCGAGGGCCGCUCUGGAAGCUGCCCACUCACA